AUGGCGGCGGGCGGGCUGUGCGCAAGGAGCAGCAGAGAAUUAUGGACAAUCCUUCUGGGCAGAUCAGCUCUGAGAGAACCUGCACAGAUUGCAGCAGAGCUGAACAAGCACUGGCAGAGGUUGUUAGAGGGACUUGCCUACUACAAACCUCCAAGUGCGAUUUCAGCAGAGAAGAUCAAAGCUGAUAAAGAUGUUGCUGCGCCGCUGAAGGAGCUGGGCCUCAGGGUCAGCAAGUUUCUGGGCCUGGAUGAGGAGCAGAGUGUGCAGCUGUUGCAGUGUUACCUCCAGGAGGAUUACCGAGGAACAAGGGACUCCCUGAAGACAGUUCUCCAGGACGAGAGGCAGAGCCAGGCUCUGAUACUGAAGCUUGCUGACUAUUACUACGAGGAGCGGCUCUGCAUCCUGCGCUGUGUGCUGCACCUGCUUACGUACUUCCAGGACGAGAGGCAUCCUUACACUGUUCAGUACUUCCAGUGCAUCGAGAAGCUGGACAAGGAGCUGGUUCCUAACUACCGGAAGCAGUUUGAGGCACUGUACAAGGCAGAGGCUCCUACCUGGGAGACACAUGGAAAUCUGAUGACAGAGCGCCAGGUGUGCCGCUGGUUCAUGCAGUGCCUCCGGGAGCAGGCCAUGCUGCUGGAGGUCAUCUUCCUCUACUAUGCAUACUUUGAGAUGGCACCUGAGGAGCUCCUGGCCUUUGCAAAACUGUUCAAGGAGCAGGGCUUUGGCACCAGGCAAACCAACAGGCAUCUGGUGGAUGAGAGCAUGGAUCACCUGGUGGAGCGCAUCGGCUACUUCAGUGCCCUCAUCCUGGUGGAAGGCAUGGAGAUUGACUCCCUCCAUGAGCGUGCUUUGGACGACAGGAUAGAGGAGCACAAGUUAGCCAAGAGCCAGAGCAUCCACCAGGAGAUGGACAUGCAGCUGCUGCAGCUGGGGGAUGUGUGCCACCACGCCCCGGUGUUGCUGGCCUGGGCUCUGCUGCGCCACACCAUCAGCCCCGAGGAGGCGGCGGGCACGGUCCGCAGGCUGGGCAGUGCUGCCAUCCAGCUGGGCACCUUCCAGCACCUGACCCGGCUGCUGCGUGCCCUCAGCACCGCUGGCACCAAUUGCACUGCCAGCACGGCCUGCAUGUGCAUCUAUGGACUCCUGUCCUUUGUGCUGACAUCCCUGGAGCUGCACACCCUGGGCAAUCAGCAGGACAUCAUUGAUGCUGCAUGUGAAGUUCUGGCAGCCUCCAGCAUCCCUCAACUCUUCUGGAAGACGGAACCUACUGCAGGUCUGGGCAUCAUCCUGGACAGUGUGUGUGGGAUGUUCCCCCACCUUCUUAGUCCUCUUCUUCAGCUGCUCCAAGCCCUUGUGUCUGAUAAAUCUACUGCAAAGAAGGUGUACAGCUUCCUGGACAAGAUGUCCUUCUACAUGGAGCUGUACAGGCACAAGCCGCCCGAUGUGGCCUCGCAGGAGGACGGCACGCUCUGGAGGAGGCAGGCCCCCAAGCUGCUCUACCCCCUUGGGCUGGGCCAGACCAACCUGAGGCUGCCUCAGGGCACGGUGGGGCAGGUGGUGCUGGACGACAGAGCCUACCUGGUGCGCUGGGACUACAGCUACAGCAGCUGGACCCUCUUCACCUGUGAGAUAGAGAUGCUGCUGCAUGUGGUGUCCACAGCAGAUGUGAUCCAGCACUGCCAGAGGGUCAAGCCAAUAAUUGACUUGGUCCAUAAAGUGAUCAGCACUGAUGUGUCCAUAGCAGACUGUCUCCUGCCCAUCACAUCACGUAUCUACAUGCUGCUGCAGAGGCUGACAACUGUGAUCUCCCCUCCUGUGGAUGUCAUUGCCUCCUGUGUCAACUGCCUGACUGUGCUGGCUGCUCGCAUGCCAGCCAAGGUUUGGACUGACCUUCACCACACAGGGUUCCUGCCCUUCGUUGCCAACCCAGUGUCCAGCAUGAACCGUGUCAUCAGUGCAGAGGGGAUGAAUGCUGGGGGCUACGGAAACCUACUGAUGAGCAUAGAGCAGCCCCAGGGCCAGUACAAGGUCACCAUCUCCUUCCUCAACCUGCUCACCACACUGGUCCGGGGACAGCUUGGUAGCACCCAGAGCCAGGGGCUGGUGCCCUGCAUCGUGUUUGUGCUGAAGGAGAUGCUGCCCAACUACCACAAGUGGCGUUACAGCUGCCAUGGAGUGAGGGAGAAGAUUGGAUGCCUGAUCCUGCAGCUGAUCCAUGCUAUCCUGAACUUGUGCCCUGAGAUGGAUCCUUGCAGCAGCAGUGCCCCCAGCCUCCAGUCCCUCUGUGUGUUCAGCCUGGCCAACACGGAGGCAGGGCAAGCUGUCAUCAACAUCAUGGGCAUCGGGGUGGACACCAUCGACAUGGUGAUGGCCUCCCAGCCUGGCAGCGAUGAGUCGCAGGGCCAGGGGCAGCUGCUGAUCCAGACGGUGAAGCUGGCGUUCUCCGUCACCAACAAUGUCCUCCGCCUGAAGCCCCCCUGCAGUGUGGUGUCUCCCCUGGAGCAGGCCCUGACCCAGCACGGUGCCCAUGGGAACAACCUGAUUGCAGUCCUGGCCAAGUACAUCUACCACAAGCACGACCCUGCGCUGCCACGCUUGGCCAUCCAGCUGCUCAAGCGCCUGGCCACGGUGGCUCCCAUGUCUGUCUACGCCUGCCUGGGCAGCGACGCCGCUGCCAUCCGCGACGCCUUCCUGACGCGCCUGCAGAGCAGGAUCGAGGACAUGAGGAUCAAGGUCAUGAUCCUGGAGUUCCUCACAGUGGCAGUGGAGACACAGCCUGGGCUCAUCGAGCUCUUCCUCAACCUGGAGGUGAAGGAUGGCAGCGACGGCUCCAAGGAGUUCAGCUUAGGGGAGUGGAGCUGCCUGCAGGUGGUCCUGGAGCUGAUAGACUGCAAGCAGCAGGAGAGGUACUGGUGCCCCCCCCUGCUGCACCGCGCUGCCAUCGCCUUCCUGCACGCCCUGUGGCAGGACCGCCGGGACAGUGCCAUGCUGGUGCUGAGGACCAAGCCAAAGUUCUGGGAGAAUUUGACCAACCCUCUCUUUGGGACCCUUCCUCCACCUUCAGAGUCUUCAGAGCUCAGUGUCUUGGACACCUGUGCCUUAAUCAUGAAAAUCAUAUGCUUGGAGAUCUACUACGUGGUCAAGGGCUCCCUGGAUCAGUCCCUGAAGGACACCCUGCAGAGCUUCUCCAACAAGCAGCGCUUUGCCUACUGGUCAGAGUAUGUGCGGCUGCUGGCACUGCAUGUGGCAGAGGGCGAGGGUGGCAGCGGUGCCGCCAUGCCCGAGUACCAGAUGCUCUUCUCAGCAUGGAGGAUGCUGCUCAUCAUCUCUACGAGCCAUGCAGAUAUCAUGCACCUGAGUGACUCUGCAGUUCACCAGCAGCUCUUCCUGGACGUGCUCAGUGGCACCAAGGCCCUGCUCCUAGUUCACACCUCAGGGUCCUGUCUGCACCUGGGCUCCAUGCUCUGCACCUUGCUCCUGAUCCUGCUGAAGCAGUGGAAGAGCCACUUGAGCUCUGUGGAUAAAAUCCUCAACUCCUUGGCGCAGAUCCUGGAGGGAGUGCUGCAGGCAGAGCAGCAGAUGGAGAGAACCAGGGCCAAGGUCUUCUCGGCUCUGAUCACUGUGCUGCAGAUGAAGGAGCUGAGAGUGGGGGAGGUGCCGCAGUACUCGCAGCUGGUGCUGUGCGUCUGUGAGACGCUGCAGGAUGAGGCCAUCGCCCUCUGCGAGCAGAUGCGGCACAGCCUGGCGCUGGGGGAGGCUGUGGAGGACAAGGACAGCAUGGAGACGGACGAGGCCUGCAGGGCCAGGCACAAGGACCAGCGGGACGGGGUAUGUGUCCUGGCUCUGCACCUGGCCAAAGAGCUCUGUGAGGUUGAUGAGGAUGGAGACUACUGGCUACAGGUCACUAGGAAGGUCCCUGUGCUUCCUACCAUCUUGGCUGCUUUGGAGAUCAGCCUGAGAGUGAAACAGAAUCUGCACUUCACAGAGGCCUCCUUGCACUUGCUGCUGACUUUAGCAAAGACUCAGCAGGGAGCAGCAGCAUUGGCUGGGGCUGGUGUCACACAGAGUGUCUGCCUGCCCCUCCUGAGCGUUUACCAGCUCAGCAGCAAUGGAGCCAUCCAGGGCUCGGCCUCGUCGCGGCGCUCCCUGGACUCCCCAUCCUGGCCUGGGGUCUAUCGCCUCUCCAUGUCACUCAUGGAGCGCCUGCUGAAGACCCUCAGGUACAACUUCCUGACAGAGGCUCUGGACUUCGUUGGUGUCCAUCAAGAGAGGAUUCUUCAGUGCCUGACGGCGGUGCGGACGGUGCAGAGCUUGGCCUGUCUGGAGGAGGCUGACCACACCGUGAGCUUCAUCCUUCAGCUCUCCAAUUUCACCAAGGAGUGGCACUUCCACCUGCCACAGCUCAUGAGGGACGUGCAGGUGAAUCUUUGCUACCUGUGCCAGGCCUGCACCUCCCUCCUGCACAGCCGCAAAAUGCUGCAGCACUACCUGCAGGCCAAGAACGGGGAGUCGCUGCCAGCACCGCGGGCACAGCGAGCAGGGGGCAGCCGGGCAGGCAGCGGCGAGGAGGCGGCGGAGCAGAGGGCACUGCGCACGGUGCAGUACAGUCUGCUCAGGAUCCUCAGCAAGUCCCUAGCUGCCCUGCGCCACUUCACCCCUGACGUCUGCCAGAUCCUCCUCGACCAGUCCCUGGACCUCGCUGAGUACAACAUCCUCUUCGUCUUGAGCUUCACCACGCCAGCCUUCGACUCGGACGUGGCACCUUCCUUUGGCACCCUCCUGGCCACAGUCAACGUGGCCCUCAACAUGCUGGGAGAGCUGGAUAAAAAGAAAGAGCCUUUCCCUCAGGCUGCAGGGCUGAGCAUGCAGGAGGGAACCAAAACCCUCAAGUCCCUGCUGAUGUUCACGAUGGAGAACUGCUUCUACCUGCUGAUCUCCCAGGCCUUGCGCUACCUGCGGGACCCUGUAGUGCACCCCCGCGACAAGCAGCGCAUGAAGCAGGAGCUCAGCUCCGAGCUGAGCACGCUGCUGUCCAGCCUGGCUCGCUACUUCCGCCGCGGGGGCCCCUCCUCGCCUGCCAGUGGGGUUCUGCCCUCUCCCCAAGGCAAAGCAGCCUCCAAGCUGGGCGUCGAGGGGCAGGAGCCACUGCUGCAGCUGGUGCAGGCCUUCGUGCGCCAUGUCCAGAGGUAG